GUGGGCGGGGCCGAGCGUGUGGGCUGGAGUGAACUCGAGCAAACGCCGCUUCUCGCCGAGAUUCCAGUUCAGUCCAAGUCGGGCGGAGUCCAUGCAGACAGCUGGGAUCGGGAUAAAGGACUUAUUUAGACGAUUUUUCCCCGCUCGAGACGCUCACAGGACCGCGAAUUCACCCCGACACGAUGACAACGACGACCACCUUCCAAGGGAUGGAGCCCGGCGCGAAAAAUAGCUCCAGGGUGUUGCGGCCCCCUGGUGGAACCUCCAACAUUUGCUUCGGCACAGACGAGGAGAAGCCGGCGCGUAAGAACAGAAUGGCGUCCAACAUCUUUGCCGGGCCGGACGAUCCCCACGCCCAUCGAAGGAACAACCCACCCAGUGGGGAAGCCAGUGGUGUGCUCUGUGGGGAACCCUCCGCCCCCCUGAGGCGGUGCCAUCAACCGCCAAUCUACCUGAACAACUCCGACCCUGUCCAGCACCCAUCCAACUUCUCGGAGGAAAACCAUGAGGAACAAAAUGAACACUCAGAGGAAGUGGAGGCCCUUGACGAGCCUCGGCAGAAGGAUGAGGAGCCACUCGGGCCCGGCGGUGCCUCCGGUGGCCGCAGAAACCCUCCCGGUGGCAAAUCUAGCCUCAUACUGGGCUGAGGGAGCUCACUGAACUUUUCUCUCUCUUCUCUCUCUCUCCUUCUUCUCACUCUCUUGCUCUCCCUUUUUUUAAGGAAAUCACUCUUUCACUCAUGUGAGCCAUGGGAUUUUUUUGUCCACUACCACCUGUCUGUAUUUUUGUUUUUCUAUCGCAAAACAAACAAGAAAAAAAAAGAUCUUUGGCAGAAGCACUUUAUGUAAAAGCUCCAUUUCAGCCCAUCGUGAAGAGCGCAGGCCAUGCCGGGAAAAGCCAAGAGUCCACUCGUCUUUUGGACGGCCACCGGCGCCAAACCGUUUCAAAGGAUGAAAAAGAUUUGUUGCGCAAAAUUUCUAAGUACAAAUAAAGAUUGAUAUGAAUUUCA